UGAGCAGCGGUGUGGCGUUUUAAUUUUUGUCUGCUUACGUUACAUUGUUUCCACAUUUAAUGAUAUUGUUGAUACGUAUAAUUAUUACGUGAGGAUUUAUCGAAGUGCAUAUUUAUUAAUUUUUGUACAAUGCCGAAGCGUGGUGGUGGAAAACCUAGAAAUGUGAGAAGUGGUCCUGACCAUUAUGAACAUGAUGAUCGCUCGCACAGUAAUCUCACGCGCCGCGUCAGUUUCAAGCCAGGAGCGUUUAAAGGGAAAGGAAAAUUCCGAGGUUUUAAUGACCCUAAACUAUUACUCGAUGACGAUAUUGACAUGGGGGCCAAUUCCGGGGGUCCCGGACACAUGAACAACCGUAAGGGCGGGUUUAGGGGCCGUGGAGGCCGACUGACGCCAACACCACGCCGUCCCGGUGGCCCUAGAAGAUUCAUACCAGGUCCGCUUCCCUGGUACCAAAUUGUCAUUCCAUAUGGAGGCAAGCAUCCUAAAGAGGUUAUAUUAAAAGCUUUGCUAGGCUUCAUAUCACCAGAAGUGUUCAUACCCCACUAUUACAAAAUCAAUGGCAAUGCUGCUGUUUUUUAUGUGGAUGAUGUGAAAGUUGCAGAGAAACUAUUUCAUACAGACAGGAAGAUUGUAAUGUCUGAUGGCUUUAAGCUGGUUGUCAUGGUCCGGAAUACUGCUCCAAAUGUACAAAUUGAUGCAGAGAUGAAGGAAAAGAUGAAGCUUGUUAUGGCAAAGAGAUAUAAUGCUGCUACUAAAGCAUUAGACUUGACUAAGUUCCAUGCUGAUCCAGACCUAGCAGACAUAUUUUGUGCACUGUUCCGUCCACAAAUAAUGCUGGCAGCCAUAGACAUCAUGGCCGAGAACAUUCCGGACCUGGAAGCUCUGAAUCUUAAUGACAACAAAAUGCAUGGAAUUGAACACUUGAAAAUCCUAGCAAACAAAUUGAAGAGUCUGAAGAUUUUGUAUUUGGGAGACAACAAGAUACCUUACAUCGGAUCACUUGAUUGCCUGAAGUCACUGCCGCUUGUGGAGCUGUACCUCAAAGGAAACCCACUGGUCACCAGGUGUAAUGACCAUGACAUAUAUGUCAGCGAUGUGCGGAAGAAGUUCCCCAAACUCGUCAGAUUGGACGGCGUGGACCUCCCUCCAGUGAUCGGCUUCGACGUCGCCGAAGACUCCGCGUUACCACCUCGAAAACAAUCCUUCCUCGUUGACGAGGCGGGCAAGGAUCUCGUCCGCGAUUUCCUGACACAAUACUUCGCCAUAUACGACUCUGACUCGCGGCAGCCGCUGUUGGACGCGUACCACGAACACGCGUCUAUGUCGAUGGCUGCGAGUUACCUGACCUAUGAUGGGAGGAGUAAUUCCGCGGGGACUAAACUAACCAGCUUCAUAACAAACAGCCGCAACAUAAUCCGCAUCCAAGACAGAGACUCGCGCCGCCGCUACCUGCGCACGGGCAAGCUGCAGGUGGUGUCGUUCCUCUCCGAAAUGCCUAAGACCCAGCACGACCUGCUGGGCUUCGCUGUGGACUUACCCGUCUUCACUCCGACCAUGAUCGUCUUAGUAAUGAACGGCGUGUUCAAGGAGACCAGCGUAGCGGGCACCCCCACCCGUUCCUUCCACCGUACCUUCGUCAUCGUGCCCAACUCCAACGGCGGGUUCUGCGUCAUGAAUGACAUGCUGUUCAUCACCAACACGACCAAAGAUCAGGAAGAUCAAGCUUUCUCAUCCGGCACGCCCGUACCGCCGGCCCCGGCGCCGGCGCAGCCGGUCCCGGCCGCCCCAGCACCGGGCGACGACCGAGCCGCGCUGCUCAAUAUGCUGAGCCAGCAGACCGGCAUGAACCAACACUGGACCAUGAAUUGCCUACAAGAAACCGGCUGGGACUACCAAAGAGCCCUGCUGAUCUUCAACCAGUUACACGCCGAAGGCAAGAUACCGCCUGAAGCCUUCGUCAAGUGAAGUUCCGGAACCCACGUGGAGGCUGUGCCUACUGUACAUAUAGUUUAAGGAGAUUCAUAUUUUUGUUAGACGAAUUUAGAUAUUGUUAAUUAAGAUUACGAAUUUGAGAGUAUUUGUGACUAGUUGUGUUUGAGUUUAGGUAUUUGAAGGACUAUAACUGGACAUACAAAACUAGAUAAAAUCAGAACAUUUAGUACAGUGAUGUGCCGUAGUUAUAGCUCUUCGAAUGAAAAUUUAGGCCUGUGCACACAGGAUACGUAGACGUGCACGGCUCAAACAUUUUAGCGCACGUGCAUGUCUAGGUGUGCGUGUGUGUGGGUGUGCUCUAGCCUUUUUAACUAUGAAUUUGGUGAGAAACUGGUUAUGUCAUUGUCUUCAUAAAGGAUGGCAUUUCACUUGGCUUUUUUUAAGUUUUCUCUGACAUAAAUGCAAAAUAAUUUGCGAAUAGAUGACCCAAAUGAAGUACGAUCCUUAGAUUUAUGGAAUAUAAAACUAAAACUAACUACAAUUAAAAUCAUUGUACUUAGAUUUAUGAAAAUUAAUGUUUUGUGAUUUCUGGCAUUAACGGCACUUUGUUAAGAUUAUUUUAAACAUAUUUUAUGAUGGUACUUCUAAUCAGUUCUAUUGAACAUGAUCAUAUGAUAAUAAUUACAAUAAACAUAUUUUGUAUUUCCAUAUUUCUAAUUAGAAGUACCCGUUUAAAAUUGCAUAUAAAAGAUGACCAUAAUUCUGACAACGUUUGUCGCGGUUUAAAAUUAUAAUUAAAAGUUAAUAAUUGAAAAGAUGAAAGAAACAGCGCCAAUCGCAUUAAAAAAAAAAAGAAAAAAAUGGCUCAUUGCAAACUGACUAAUAAGGCAUUUGUCUUGCAAUUAAUUCAGUUAAUCAUUUUAUUUUUUGUUUGAUACAGAUGUUGUUUAGUGUAUUAAUUCGUACAUUGUUGUAUGAAAUAAUAAGUUCUUAGUUUUUUGUAAUGGUUAAAGAAAUGUCCUAAUAUCUUUGUAAAAGCACAUCGUUUAUAUGUCAUAGUAAGACUGAUUUUAAAUCAUAUGUUAAUAAAUUAAUAUGUUACAAGACGCAAUCAAUUUGCAAGGAAAUAUAAUAAUCUUUAGUUCCUUCUUCAAAUUAGGAUUUUUGUUAUAUUAGGUAGCUAAUCAACUUUUGAGAUCGUAUGUUACAAAUGUUACCAUGAAUCUGAUCGAAAUUCGUAUUAUUUAUUUUAGAAAAAAUGUCUUACGGUUUGAAAAUUCAGAAGUUCGAACUUAAAUCUAAUGUUUACUAUUUUUGUUGUAUGUGCAUUACUAAAUGUAAUAAUUUAAUAUUCAAACUGCCAAGUGGUUUAGAUCUAACACAUGUUUGUCAUUCUCUGAAGUUAAUUCUGUGUAUGUAAAAUAAUAUGUGAAAACAAUAAAAAAUACUUUCUGCCAUAGAGUGGUAGAAUAAACUUGCAUAGUAAAACUAACAUUUAGUGCCUUUACAAGUAUAUUAUUGUAUAACUUUCUUUCAAAACAUUGUGUUUAUCAAAAUAUGACUGAGUCUACGUUACUGUAGCGCUGUAAGAAGCAUGAUCGAAAUUUUAUUUCUAGUUGUCUUUAGUUAAAAGAAGUUAUCCUAAAAGAUUACUAAUAAAAAAAAACUUGAUAACAUUGUACAUAAAUAGGGUUAUCACAUUGGGAUUUAAGGAGCCACAGGACUGACAUUUGGCGCGUGUCUUACAGCUGUCUUGGUGUCCAACAAUGCUUGGUCGAUGGAACCCCGGAUCAGGGGUCCGUACAGGGUUGGAGACCCUGCCCAUGCCAAAGCGACGGAACCCCUCCACGUGGGCUAGUCGCUCGUUCAAUGCUUGGGAAUAUCGCCAUGAAUUUGAACUGACACCAUUGUUGCAUUGCUGUAUUUUUAUAGACAUUUGCUGAUUCUAUGAAAUUUCUUGGUCUAUGGUUCCUUUGGUUGUGGGACAGAGAGGAGACACGUGGGUAACCUAGAGACCGUGUGAGAUCUUGUAGAAUAGUAAUCGCCUUUUCUGCUUGCUGUGGCUUCCUUCGGGCGGGGCUUAGGAGUGAUGCUGAGUUUAUCUCAAUUGUAUAUAAUGAUGAUGGAUUAAAUCUAAUUUAUAAGCACAUAA